CGUGGGCGUCACCUGACGCUGUGUGGAGGGUGAGACAGUAGCGAGCUCAGUACGGCUGCGUCUGUCCAUGAACGGCCGAAGCCGGGCAGGGGUGACAGUGAUGGUACGCGCUAAUGCCUUCAGCUUAAAACAGUGACCUUACAGAUGUUCCAGUGGAACUGCUUCAAGCAUUUUCCUCUCAGUGUGUCUUCUCUACGAGGUAUCGUAGGUCAAUCAUUACAUGUCACUGAUUUCUUUAGACAUGAGUAUGCUGUUGUGAAAAGAGGCCACUGUUGUCUGGGUUGUCCGGAACAAGCAGAAAUUGCCUCCAAGUGAUCAGGAAUGAUGAUGGUUUGGACCCAACAACGAAAUAGUAGGUGCUGGAGGGAGAGGCCCCAUUGGAACUGGAGGUGAUGAGGGAAGCCAAAGGACUCUGAGUGUACCACCAUGGCUUCCCAGCUGUUGACUCAUCUCUCCCGGCUGCCCAUUGCAGUGGUCUAUGGAUCCCUGUCACUCUUUAUUUCCAUUUUGCACAACGUAUUUCUCCUCUACUACGUGGACACCUUUGUUUCUGUUUACAAGAUUGAUAAACUUUCCUUUUGGAUUGGCGAGACUGUGUUUCUGAUAUGGAACAGUCUCAACGAUCCUCUCUUUGGCUGGCUGAGUGACCAUGCUUUCCUUAGCACCCAACAGUCUGGAAUAGAGAUCUCCGCUCCAGAAGUGGUCUUGAAGAGACUCAAGGCCCUGAACCGCAAUGGCCCCCUUUUUGCUUUGUCAUUUUUGGCUUUCUGGAUUGCAUGGGCCCACCCAGGUUUACAGUUCCUCAUCUGCCUCUGCUUGUAUGACAGUUUUCUCACCAUGGUGGAUCUCAACCAGAAUGCCUUGCUUGCUGACCUUGCUGUGUCUGCAAAGGACAGAACUGGACUCAACUUCUACUCUUCGCUAUUCAGUGCCAUCGGCUCCCUCUCAGUGUUCAUGUCCUAUGCUGUGUGGAACAAGGAGGACUUCUUCUCUUUCCGGAUAUUUUGUGUUGCGCUGGCUCUUGGCUCAGCCAUUGGAUUCAUUGUGGCCACAUGGCUUCUGAAGCAGAGGUUUCAGAGUGAAGGACAAGGGAAAUGGGAUGAAAGAGCUGUUUUAAAAGAACUGUAUAUAGACACACCAUCUGUGCAACCGGAGAAAAGGAUCACUCUGGCAGAGUAUCUCAAACAGCUCUCUAGGCAUCGCAACUUCCUCUGGUUUGUGUCUAUGAACCUUAUACAGGUUUUCCACUGCCACUUUAAUAGCAACUUCUUCCCUCUCUUCCUGGAGCAUCUGCUGUCAGAUCGUAUCUCUCUGUCUAUGGGAUCAUUUCUGCUGGGUGUCUCCUAUGUAGCUCCUCAUCUCAACAACCUCUAUUUCUUAUCUCUGUGCCGGAGGUGGGGUGUAUAUGCUGUGGUGAGGGGGCUGUUCUUCCUGAAACUGUUACUCAGUGUGAUUAUGCUCUUUGCUGGACCAGACUGGAUUUAUCUGCUCUGUUUCUUCAUAGCUAGUAAUCGUGUGUUCACCGAAGGGACAUGUAAGCUGUUAAACCUUGUGGUCACUGACUUGGUAGAUGAAGACUUGGUGCUAAAUCAGAGGCAGCAGGCUGCCUCAGCUGUCUUGUUUGGCAUGGUUGCAUUGGUAACCAAGCCUGGCCAGACCUUUGCCCCCUUGAUUGGCACCUGGUUACUGUGCUCUUACACAGGUUAUGACAUUUUUCAGCAGGAUCCUCUGAACCCAGUGGUGAGUGCUCAGCCCAAGCUGACUUCAAAAGUGGCCUCGGAACCCACCCUUCGUCAGGGCUGCUUCUACCUUCUUGUGUUUGUCCCCAUCACGUGUGCAUUACUUCAGAUCUUCAGCUGGUCACAAUUCAGCUUACAUGGAAGGCGCCUCCAGACAGUGAAAUCUCAGCGUCAAAAAACAGAGAACUGGUCUCAAGAAAUCAAAACAAUUUAAUUGCCAGCAGUAGUAAAUUUUCCUCAUCUGUAAUUUUCAUGAUAAAUUCAUUAAGUGAGCAGGAGAUCCAGCUACUAACUUGGGGAUGUAAAGUUAUGUCUGGACAGGCAUACGAUGCGGCGCUUUUUUGGCACUUGAGUAAAGGCCAGCCUACAGAUGAUGUGGGGAUCUGUUAUCUAUCCCCCAAUGUGUAGUUGAACUCCAGAAAGCAGCAAAGGAUCAGGAGGAUCAGGACCAUGGCACCAGGAAAGGGUGUUAACUCCCUCCAUGUCUUCCUCCAGCAAAACUAGCCUCCUAGUUGCUUUUUGAGGCUAAAUCGCAGCUGGGGGUUAUCAAAUCAUACAUUCCACUGUUGCAUGCUUUAGCCCUAAGAGGGAAAAUGGCAAAUUGAUAUUUAAUUGAGCCAUUUUGAUCAGUGAACAAAAUGGAAGCUUCUGAGUUUUCUUGAAUUUUCAACAAGACACACCUACUGUCAAAUAAUGCUUGGAAACUCAAAAGUUUGCAUCACUGCUCAUAUAUAGGUUAGUUCAGAAAAAGUCAGCAGCCUACCUUGUUGAAAAAUGUCCUCUGCUUGUCUGGGUGCAACUGAUUGUGAAGAAGAAUAGCAUAACAAGAGAACAAGCCAUGUAUAUUGAGAACAGAGAAGCAGUCUGAGACCUGCGAUCCCAUUUUUCCCCCAAAUAUUUUUAUACAAUUUUGCAUUGAUAGGAAGAGAUUCAGAUUUUCAACUUUCCUUAUACCUUCUCUUUACAGUGGACUGUUCAGUAAAACAUCCCUUUUUCUCUCCCUCUUAGAAUAAAAUUGUAUUUUGAAGGCAGCCCAGCUCACAGUGAAAGGUUAUUGCACUAAAGGAGGGUAAGUUAUUCGGUGCUUGCAAAACAAGCACAUCCUGUAGGGAAACUAAGCUUGUGCUUUGUUUCAGUUGGGUAGCCAUGUUGCUCUGCAGUAGAAGAGCAAGGUUUAAGUCCAGUAAUACCUUUGUAGACCAACUAUACUUCCGUUCUAUAGGCUUUUGAGAGUUAAAACUGAGAGAUUUGACUCUGAAAAGCUUGUAUACUGGAAAUGUUGUUUGUCUUUGUGCUGUUGGACUUGAAUCUUCAUCUUGUACUGUAAAUUGAGAGAACCAUCAUACUGAUUAUUGUAAAAAGAAGCACAUGGAACCAUAUUGCUAGACUCUGGCAGUUAAUAUAGGCUCUGGAGGAGAAACAGGGUUGUAAGUGGGAGUGAAUAGAAAGGGGUGGUUAGCAACAUCAAGUUUUCUAGGAUCUCUGCCCCAGUCACUGGAUGAAAGAUGUUUGGGACUAUAGCCCUGAAGAACUGCUGGAAUCAUUUUCUAUGGAAAAAGUGGCAUUCUUCCUUGGAUGAUACUUAUCCUGGGGUGGGGGGUGGGGGAGUUCUUUAUUCAUUCCAUUUGUUUGCUGAACUUCUUGGCUGGUAGUCAAUGUUUCUCAUACCUGUCAACAGUGGGAGCGCUAAGGCAUCUCUCUGCUGAUUAGUGGGACUAAAUAGAGGUCCAUUGCCCCUUCCAUAUGUCUGUAGCGAUCUGAGACAAUGCUGGUCCACACGACUUAUUAGGGAGAUGGCAUAGCCAGCUGACUUCACAUAGCAUUAGUAUAGGAAAGACACCUCCAUUUCCAGGAUGAUAUGCAGUUUUGAACUAGACUUUGCUUCGUUCCCCACCAUCUGAUAUGAUGAAUCAUGAGAGAAACUGGGCCAGUGCCAGGCUUCCCUGAAGUCACAGCUUUGUCUCCAGGGAGCAGAAACCACAUCCUGCCCUGGAUAAGCAAUGAACCGGUAAGGCUGUACACUGCAUCUUUAAGGGUGCUUGCAGAGACCUGUGAAUCACAGUUGCUGACUUAUCAGCAGCUUUCAUGCUAUCUGGGUUGGUUGCUGGGCUGGAGAAAAAAUGGGGGCAAGGCCACAGUUCUCUUACCUUGGGCUGGGUUCCUUCAACAAAAAAGAAACAACAUGGAACACCUGGGUACAACUUGCAGGCUGUUUUGGGUGCCGAAACUGCUGCUGCUGCUGCCACUACAGUGUUGUCCAGGCCACCGAGCCACCCACUGCUUUUAACUGCCAUUUUGCCUUUAGAGCAGCAGAAAAUGUUUGCUGUCAAAAGGGUUUUGUAUCAUUUGAUGAUCUCAUUGUAAUUUAUUCUAAUUUAACAAGCCAUAUGCACCAUUCCUCAUUUCGUAAAAAUAAAUUCCUUUAAAAAUA